UUAACCAGACAACAUCGUAGAAUUGAGCGUCAGCACGCCACUCUUCACAUGUGCCAAACUCUCAGUCAAUACUUAUUAUCCUUUCUUCCAUCCAUCAUUCACAAUCCCAACAGAUCCCAGUUGAGUGAAAGCAAAGCCAUUCUCAUUCUCUGAGAAUGGCUAACGAUGAAAGCUUUAGGCACUCCCUGGAUCAGCUUCCUCCGGCUGUCUUGUGUACCAUCAUCACCAAGCUUGAUGUGGCUUCGAUCUGCUCCGUUGCUGCCACGUGUUCUACGUUCAAGGACUGUGUUUCUCAGAUCCUCUCUUUUCUCUCCGUCUUCCAGAUUCUUGAUGUUGCACCGUCAAUGGAAAUUAUGAGGCCUUUGUUACCACCAAAUCCUUUUCUUAGGAGCCUAAAGGUUGAUUGUGGAAAACUUGAUGAUUCAGCCAUUGAUUUUAUGCUUCGCCCUUCGCUGCACGAGCUUUGUCUUUACAAUUGCACAGAUUUUAGUGGGAAAUUGCUAUGUGAAAUUGGAGGCAAAUGCAAGGAUCUCAGGUCUCUGUGCUUGGGCUCAGUUGCUGAAAAAUGGGGGCGAUCUAUUCAUAUUUCUGACUUGGAGGAGUUGCUCAAAAAUUGCACUCAGUUAGAAGCAUUGAUGCUAAUGUUUGACAUCUCAAUAUUUCUUCGUCAUAAUUUUGCUCGAGUUUGGGCUUUAGCUUCAUCAAAACUCACAUCACUUGAGAUUGGCUACAUAUCUGCUGUUAUGGUGACUGAAUUGCUUAGCCCAAAUUUGGGACCCCGUCCAUCACCAAAUAAUAUCCAAGCACCCAUACUGCCAAGCAUUCAGAAAUUGUGCCUUCAAGUAGACUAUAUUACUGAUACUAUGGUUAGUACAAUAUCACAAGGUCUCAGCUCAUUAACAUAUUUGGAUCUUCGGGAUGCACCUCUCAUAGAACCAAGAAUCACAUUUGACCUCACCAACUGUGGCCUCCAGGAACUUAAUCCACAUGGGAAAUUGAAACACCUCUCACUCAUACGGAGCCAGGAAUUCAUCUUUACCUAUUUUAAACGAGUUAAUGAUCUUGGCAUUCUUUUAAUGGCUGAUAAGUGUGCAAAGAUGGAAAGCAUUUGUCUUGGUGGCUUUUGUCGUGUUACAGACACAGGUUUUAAGACGUUAUUGCAUUCUUGCUGUAACCUAUACAAGCUUAGAGUGUCUCAUGGGACCCAGUUAACCGAUCUGGUUUUCCAUGACAUCACUGCAACCUCACUGUCAUUAACACAUGUUAGCUUGAGAUGGUGUUAUCUUCUAACCAACAAUGCAAUAAGAAAUUUGGCAACCAACAUAGCUCUUAAAGCUCUUGACUUGAGAGAUUGCAGAAGCCUUGGGGAUGAAGCCCUCCAAGCAAUCAGCUUCCUUCCUCAAUUGAGAAUCUUGUUGUUGGACGGAUCUGAUAUAACUGAUGUGGGUAUGUCAUAUUUAAGAUAUGGAGUCAUAGGUUCAUUAAUUUCCUUGUCUGUUAGAGGGUGCAAGAGGCUUACAGACAAAUGCAUCUCUGCUCUUUUUGACGGCUCUUCUAAACUGCAGUUGCAAGAAUUGGACCUAUCAAAUCUUCCCUACCUAUCAGAUAAUGGAAUUCUGGCACUUGCAAAAAGUCGGGUACCAAUUUCUGAACUCCGGAUGCGACAAUGUCCACUGAUAGGUGACACCUCAAUCAUGGCUUUAGCGUCAAUGCAGGUUGAUGACAAUAGCUGGUAUGGUAGUAACUUACGGUUGUUGGACCUUUACAACUGUGGUGGCAUUACACAACUUGCAUUCAGGUGGUUGAAGAAACCUUACUUUCCAAGGUUGAGAUGGUUGGGAGUGACAGGGAGUGUAAAUAGAGACAUUGUGGAUGCUUUAGCUAGAAAUAGACCAUUCUUGCAUGUUGCGUGGCGUGGUGAGGAGCUGGCGGUUGACCAGUGGGAUAAUUCUGAUGGUUUGUACAUGCAUGACUACGAUGAGGUGGAUGAACUUGAACAGUGGCUUCUGGAAGGAGGAGAGUUAGACAUCGUUGAUGAAGAGAUGGCAGAUGCUGAACUGAUGGAUUGAUCUUCCAAGGCAAGGUUUCACUCUGUGUAUAUAUAUAUAUGUGUGUGUGUGUGUGUGUGUGUGUGUGUGUUUGCUUUUAAAUUGUUUGCUAGUUGGGAACAUGCAAAAAUUUGUAACUAUUUUUAACUCAAAACCUGUGGUUGUAAUUUAGAAACUAUGAUAUUUGUCUUAAAACUCUAAUGUAGUCCAACAAAAUGAUGGAUUUGAACCACAUUUCUCAUAGGAUUUGGUUGCACUUCUUGUGGGAAUUGUAUUAAGUAAACAUCAAAUUCUAUUGUAACUUCGAUUAUUCUCCGAUUUCUGGCUGAUUUCAGAUAUAUAGAAUUCAUUCUUCCCCUUA